AUGAGGUUUGAUCGUUGGUUUUAUGCCGUGAAGGGAACUGGGACACACGCUGUGGCUCCGCCCACCAGGAAGACUCAGUCAUCCAAGUGCCUCGUAGCCUUUUUCAUUGCCGUCGUCACCAUUGUUGGAGUAGCUAUGCUGACAUGGUACUUUUUGGAGUACAGAGUAUGGGUGUUGGAGCCUCGAGUCCAGCAGCAGUACACGGCCUAUGUGUCCAUUCUCAACAGGAACUUUUCUGCCGACCUGUCCUCUACCAGUAGCUUGAUGUUCCGACAAGAGGCCAAGGCCAUCCAAAGCAUGGUGGAGAAGGUAUUGAACAGCUCGGGUCUUUCUCCAUACUACAACUCCACCACUGUGUUCGCAUUUGGGGAGGGGAGCAUUGUGGCUCAAUUCUGGAUACUGCUGUCCAUCCCUGGCAGCCAUGUUGGGAGGGUCACGGUGGAGAAUAUCACAAGAUGCCUGGAGGAGGGCCUGAGGAGGUACAGUGGGGUGGAGGAGGAGACUGCCAGUGUCGAAGGAUACUUACUGCACCUCCCCUCACUGUCUGUCACUGACUGCUACAAUUAUCAGAAGGUGGUGUCCAGCAGCCCUGUGUCUCUCCGUGGCCCCAACACGCUACACUCCUUUUGCCUGUGGCACCUCCAAGCCCCCUCUGGCUUUCAGGUGGAGCUCCAAGUAAAGUGGCUGCUGGUGGCAUGCUGGGAUAGGCUGAUGGUGUAUGACGGUGUCACACCCUCCGACUCACACCUCAUCACCACUGUGUAUGGUUGUAGUCAACAUGCGGUUCACGUCCUGUCUUCAGGCGAGUGGAUGACAGUGGUUUGGAAACAGGGAUUUUACAGCUACAGGGACCCAUUCUCUUUGUCCGCACAGGCGUGGGACCAUCAGGAAUGUAAUUCAAGUAUUGAUCUUGUAGAUAUGUCAGGGGUCCAGGGAACCUUGAGGACACCCUUCUUCCCCAGCUACUACCCCCCUGACACCAACUGUACCUGGAACUUUACCAUGCCCAGCACCAGAUUGGGCUUAUCUCUAGAGUUUGAGGGCUACCAGCUGAUCAACGCCAGUUACAACCAAGUCUGUAGCCAGGGUCUGUGGAUCAUCCAAAACCGCAGACUUUGUGGUACCAGGGGCCUGCAGCCAUACAGGGAACGCCUCUUCCUGAGCUCCACCACGAUCAGUGUUGUCAUGACCUCAGAGGUAUCGCACACAGGGCCGGGCCUGCAGCUGCACUACAGCGUCUUCAACCUAUCAGACCCAUGUCCGGGUCAGUUUUUGUGCACUGUGAACGGUUUGUGCGUCCCAGCCUGUGAUGGAGUUAAGGACUGUCCCAAUGGACUGGACGAAAGAAACUGUGUGUGCAUGGCACAGUACCAGUGCCCAGAGGACAGUCAGUGCUUGGACUUCUACAAAGUGUGCAACCAACACCCAGACUGUCCUGAAGGCUCAGACGAGAUGAACUGUACCCAUGCUGUGCAGUGCACAGAUGUGACCUACAUGUGCACCGAUGGAACCUGCCUGAAGAAACCAAACCCGGAGUGUGACUUUAUCCUUGAGUGCCCCGAUGCCUCAGACGAGGCACAAUGUGAUUGUGGGUUGAGCCACGUCUCCAACCGUAUAGUGGGCGGGACUGAUGCCUCAGAGGGGGAGUGGCCAUGGCAGGCCAGCCUGCAGGUUCGGGGUGCCCAUAUCUGUGGGGGGACAUUGAUCUCCAGUCAGUGGGUGGUGACUGCCUCCCACUGUUUCUAUGACAACCGCCUGUACUCCCCCUCGGUGUGGACGGUCUACCUGGGUAAACUCCUGCUGGACCACAGCAGUCCCACAGAGGAGGUGGCACGGGUCCAGCAGAUCCUCCUCCACCAAUACUAUGACAACGAGACCCACGACUACGACCUGGCCCUGCUGAAGCUGGACCGACCUCCUGCCCAUGCCAGUCCUGCCUGCUUGCCCCCGCCCACCCACCAGCUGAAGGCGGGACAACUCUGCUGGGUUACAGGCUGGGGAGCACUUCAUGAAGGGGGCAGCGUCAGUAACGUACUGCAGAAAGUAGAUGUGCUGCUUGUCAGUGAGGAGGAUUGUAUUCGCUCCUACGGCCGUGUGGUCACACCCAGAAUGCUUUGUGCUGGCUACCGCAGUGGAAAGAAAGAUGCAUGUCAGGGUGACUCUGGUGGCCCUUUAGUUUGUCAGGAACUGUCAGGUCGCUGGUUCCUCACUGGGGUGGUCAGCUGGGGUAAAGGCUGUGGGCUUCCAAACUACUACGGCGUCUACACUCGGAUCACUAGACUCACCAGUUGGAUCAAACAGGUCAUCACCAGCCCCUGAGUCAUCAUGAGCCUCCGAGUUUCCUCCUCUAUCAUCGUUAUCGAUUCCUGAAGUGUGCAAACAAAACAGGAACCACAAAGGCAUGAAAAACAUGGGGGCAGCUGAUGUUGAAGUGAAACUUUGUUGCCUUUAUCCAAAGUACUGAAUUUGAAAGCAAGAGACGUUUUAGUUUUAAGUAAUAAAGAUAAAAUCUACUGCAUUUAUGCAGCACCUUUGUGACAUCACAAAGUAAUUUGCCAGCAGACAACAAAGUGCCAUGAAGACAGAAAAUACUACAAAGAACAGAAAUAAAAUACAGUUUUGUGAAUGGAAAAAGCCACCGGGGCUGAAAAUAACAUUUUAAAUACUUUAUUCUGUGUAAACUACACUUAAAAAAAAAAAAAAAAUUGGAGUAAUAUUUACUAGAAAAAAACUAGGAAAGGUUUUUCACUCAGAAAUUCAAAGUAAAUUUUACAAGGAGAAUUCUUAAGUGAAUUUUACUUGCAUAUGUAUGUUUUUUCUAAAAGACAACAUUUACAAGCAAACAUUAAUUCAAUAUUUUGAUUGCAUUUUACUCUCUUUAUUCAUAAAAAGUAAUGGUUUUCAGCUGUUCCCCUUGUUUUCAAUAUUGGAUCAUUAGUUCAUGAAUGUGUUCAUUAUAAAAGAACCAUCGAUGCAUCUUGAUCCAUCUUUUUUUCUAAACAAAAUUUCUUUUGUCUCACUGUAUGACAAAUUUAAGUAUUUUUAAUAAUCCAUAACUGGCAGAGGUGAGGUUAGUGUGCUUAGUUUCAGUGUGGAAACUAAACCCCAUGUAAUGUGGGGGUGCAUCGGGAAGGGCAUCCAGUGUAGAAUUUGUGUCAAAUCAACUUGCAGAUCUAAACUGGAUCUGCUGUGGCAACCUUGAGUGAAAACAAGGGAAAAAU